GGCAGGCUGCCGACGUGGCGGAGAGGUUGGGCGGAAGGAUAACAAGCUAGCCGGCUGUCAGCAAGAACUGAGAACCAUGUCACAGAAUGACUCUGGGGACAGCGUGUCCGCAGAGACGCCCCAGCCUCUGUCCGAUCCACCCGCAGGAGACCCCCCCGCUCCAGGUGACACAGAGUCACAUGACCCUCCCUCCCAGCCUGAAUCCGAGCCUCUGUCGGAAUGCGAGGAGGCUGAACCAGCCGGCAGCGUGACUGGAGGGGAAACCCAGGCGGACCAACCGGAGGAUGCGGCUGGGGGUCAGGUGACCGAGUGCAGCGAAUCGGUGAGCCUGGAGCCAGAUGUUCCUGCGGGGCAGGAGGGCGAGGGAGCAGAGGACCCAGCUCAGAGCAAAGGAAAAGGCUGGGGAGGUUGGGGUUCCUGGGGGAAGUCCCUCCUGACCAGUGCCACAUCCACUGUAGGCCAUGGGCUCAGUGCUGUGAAAGAGAAGGCAGAGGUCACCCUGAGGAUUCAUAAAACCUCUGUGUGCGAGGAGGCUAAGGAGAUGGAAGCAGACCUCGCAGGAGAGACAGACGCACACCCUGCCGGGGAUCGGAUGGAUGUUGUGCAGUCCACAGGUCCCUCUGCCACGGGGACUAGAGGUGUCCUCUCCACCAUCACCAGCGCUGUCCAAAACACAGGAAAGUCUGUCAUAACUGGUGGCCUGGAUGCCCUGGAGUUCAUUGGCAAGAAAACCAUGACAGUCCUGGCUGAGAGUGACCCCGGGUUCAAGAGGACCAAGACCCUCAUGCAGAGGACAGUCUCACUGUCCCAGAUGCUGAAGGAGGCGAAGGAGAAGGAGAGAGAGAGGCUGAGCGCCCAGCUCAUCACGGAGCCCACGGCCCACUACGGCAUCCUCUUUGAUGACUUCCAGGGCCUGUCCCACCUGGAGGCCCUGGAGAUCCUGUCCAAUGAGAGCGAGGCCCAGGUCCAGGCAGUCCUAACAUCGCUGGAGGAGGAGUCUUUGGAGGCUCUUAAGAAAGAACUGAUCACCAUCAAGGACAUCUUUGCUGAGAGGGACAGCAAGAAGGAGGAAGAGGAAGGGACAGAGGAAAACGCUGCUGACGGGGAGGAGUUUGUCAGUGUCCUGACGGAGCUCCUGUUCGAGUUGCAUGUUGCUGCUACUCCAGACAAACUCAACAAGGCUCGUGUACGGGCACAUGAUUGGGUGAGGGAAGUGGAGCAGCCCAAGGCCGAACAACCUGCUGAGGUGGAGCCAAAGGAGGAGUUGGAGGCGGGGCAAAGCAACGAGCCCGCCCCCUCCACAGGCCAAGGGGAGGAGGAGACGAAAAUAGAAGAUGGCAGCCCCACAUCAGUGGAGGGUGUGUACCUGUCCUCGGUGGGCAGCCUGGCGGAGGUGACGGCUCGCAGCAUUGAGCAGCUGCACAAGGUGGCCGAGCUGAUUCUGCACGGGCAGGACCUGGAGAAGGCAGCACAGGAUCAGGCCCACAUCCUCGUCAAGCUGACAACCGCCAUGUGUAAGGAGGUGGGCUGUCUGGCUAAGAAGUUCUCCGACACCCUGCUUACUGUGGGGAGUCAGAGGAAGGCGGAGGAGCUCAACCCCCUGGUGGACAGCAUCCUGCUGGAGGGCUCCAACAGCACCACCUACAUCCAGAACGCCUUCCAGCUGCUGCUGCCCGUGCUUCAGAUCUCCCACAUCCAGACGAGCCGGACCAGACCCGCCCCGGAGCCCUGCGACUCCCAGCACGGAUCGGACCAGUGCUCAGACUGA